GCCGAGCCGUCUCUUCGCCCUCGCCGCUGCCAUGGCGGCAGCUCCGCCGCUCUCCAAGGCCGAGUAUCUGAAGCGCUACUUGUCGGGGGCAAAUGCCGGCGUCGACGGGGACCCUGAAUCCAGUCGCAAGCGCCGCAAAAAGCGGCCGAAGACUGGCGGGGGUGGGGUCAAAGGAAUGCGAAUUGUGGAUGAUGAUGUGAGCUGGACAGCUAUCUCCACCACUAAACUGGAAAAGGAGGAAGAGGAAGAUGAUGGAGAUAUGCCUGUGGUGGCUGAGUUUGUGGAUGAGCGGCCGGAAGAGAUAAAGCAGAUGGAGGCUUUUCGUUCCAGUGCCAAAUGGAAGCUUCUAGGAGGCCAUAGUGAAAACCUACCCUCACAAAGGCAUUUUCAUCAUGAUACCCCAGAUUCUUCAUCUCCUACGAGAAUCCGUCAUGAUUCUUCAGAUCUAUCUCCCCCCAGAAGGGUCCGUCAUGAUUCUGCAGAUCCCUCCCCCCACAGGAGGGUCCGUCAUGAUUCUCCAGAUCCGUCUUCUCCCAGGAGGGUCCGUCAUGAUUCUCCAGAUCCAUCUCCUCCCAGGAGGAUUCGUCAUGAUUCUCCAGAUCCAUCUCCCCCGAGGAGGGUCCGUCAUGAUUCUCCAGAUCUGUCUCCUCCCAGGGGGGUCCGUCGUGACUCCUCAGAUGUUUUGCCACCCAGGAAGAUCCGUCAUGAUUCACCGGAUUCUUCUCCCCCCUGGAAGCCUCAUUGUAACUCGUCUCACAGGAAAGCCCGUCAUGACUCACCUGAUCCAUCACCCCCGACGAGGGUACAUCUUGACUCCCCAGAUGCUUCACCACCCAGAAGAGCCCAUAACAACUCCCCUGACACAUGUCAAUCCAGAAGGACUCUUGACUCCUUGGACACAUUGCAACCGAGGAGGAGGGCCCAACAUGACUCCUCUGAUUUGGUUCCUAAUGUCCCUCAUUCACUGUCCAGAACCAAAAGCAGUAAAGCCCCAGAAAGAGCCUCUAGCAAGUCUUCUCUGCACUGGAAGGAGCCAGGACCCUCUCAUUCUUCCUUCCCAAAGAAUAGCAAAUAUAAGUAUGAUUUGGACCUCUCUUCCCUACAAAAAAGGCAAGCAAAAUCCCAUGUUGGAAAUAAGAAGCAGCAUGAUUCUCCAGGCUCUUCCCCCAGUCAUAGGAAAUUUCAUGUAAGCUCUUCACCUACGAGACAUAGCCAGAAAGCCUCUGAUUCAGAUCUUUCUUCUCCACGACAUAAACCUGAACCAAGUCCGGGGCAUCAGGAUUCUGAUUCAGAUCUGUCACCUCCACGGAAUAGAUCCAGACAACAGAACUCUGAUUCUGACCUUUCUCCACCAAGGAGGAAACAGAGGACUGAAUCUUCUGAUUCUGAUCUGUCUCCACCUCGAAAGUGUCAGCCUCCUGGAAAGAAGGCUGCACACAUGUUUUCUGGGGCCAAAACUGGAUUGGUGUUAACUGACAUACAGCGAGAACAGCAGGAGCUCCAGAAACGGGACCAAGAAACCAUGAAGUUUGAAGCUGAAUUCCAAUAUGCUGAAACUGUAUUUCGAGACAAGUCUGGUCGUAAGAGGAACUUGAAAAUGGAGCGUUUAGAACAAAGGAGAAAAGCAGAGAAGGACUCAGAGAGAGAUGAGCUGUAUGCGCAGUGGGGAAAGGGGCUUGCCCAGAGCCGGCAACAGCAACAAAAUGUAGAGGAUGCAUUGAAGGAAAUGCAAAAACCUCUGGCCCGCUAUAUUGAUGAUGAAGACCUGGAUCGGAUGCUGAGAGAACAAGAAAGGGAGGGGGACCCCAUGGCCGACUUCAUCAAGAAGAAUAAGGCCAAGGAGAACAAGAACAAGAAAGUGAGACCUCGCUACAAUGGCCCAGCACCUCCUCCCAACAGAUUCAAUAUCUGGCCUGGAUAUCGCUGGGAUGGAGUUGACAGAUCCAAUGGAUUUGAACAGAAGCGCUUUGCCAGGCUUGCCAGCAAAAAGGCAGUAGAGGAACUUGCCUAUAAGUGGAGUGUUGAGGAUAUGUAACUUCUGAAGCUGUGGGGUAGCUGUGGGUUAUGAUGGUGGGAAUAGGACAGCCAGACAUCCAGCUGUUAACAGUCGUCUAUGCUAUUAAUUAGGGCCCACACGGACCAGCUACUUCAGUGCCAGUGUUGACCCAAGAAGAUUAUUUGGGACCUGAUGUUUGGACUGAGGCAUCUGUACUUUUCAGGUGUGCCAACACUGAUUGUGUUGGCUUUCAGAGGGAGCAUUGAUUUCUCAGUGCCCUGGGGUUUAUUCUUGAUUAGGAUUUUUCUCCUUUUUUAAUUAAAUAAACAUACGUUUAUUUUUUUAAAAUCA